AUGUCUCUCUUCGUUCCUUCGUCUGUUUUGAGCCCUGAGAGUCUUGGUACUAUUGAGGUGUUCGGCACCAUCUUGUCCACCCAGACUCAGUCUCUUCUCAUUGCCCUUAGCGAGCUGGGUAUCAAGUUCAUCCACCACCCUGCUAUGCCCAACUCGCCUGAGGUUAGCCAGCUCUCUCCCUUCGGUACCAUCCCUGUGAUGGUUCACCGCCCGAGUGCUAUUUACGCCUCGAAGGACAUUGUCUGCUUCUACGAGAUGUCGGCUAUUGCCCAGUACAUUGAUGAGGUGCUUAACGUCCAGUCGUCUGCCGAGGGCAAGUCGGACGCUCUGAUGCCCAAGCUCGCGGACAGCCACAGUGGUAAGUAUGCUGACUCGGCCCUGCUCCGUGCUGAGGUCCGCCAGCUUUGCUCGGUCAUCCGCACGUACAUCCAGAAUGUGGUGGAAGACCAGUACGUGAAGCCGUACUUUGCUCUCCGUAACAACGGUGCGUCGGAGAGCGACAUCAGCGUUGCCCUCUCGGAGCAGCUCGACACUGCCAUCUCUGCUCUCAUCUACCUCGAGCGUAUCAUCCACAACGUCCAGCAGAAGCUGAACAUUGGUGCUGACGCUGACUUUUUGUUCGGCAAGCCAACCUGGGUUGCUGCCCACCUGUUCCCUAUCCUGCGUGACUUCCGUGCUACUGGCCCUAAGGUCCUCAUUGGUGGCCCCAACGAGCGUCUUCCUCACCUGACCAAGUUCCUGCAGUCCUUCGAGAACCGUCCGAGUGCCCAGGCUGUCCUCAAGGGCACCUUUGCCGCCUCGGCCUAA